UAGAAAAAAAAAUGGAGUGGUGAUGACAUGGUUGUUUUUCGGCUGUUGACGUCCCUCCGCUCUUUGGAUCGUUUGUCCCGAACGCAGCUGAUGAUCUCCUUUUCAAGGUCGUCUAAAGCGGAGUCCAACUCAGCAGUGUCAGUGGACCCGGAUUCUGUGCCAAAGUGUGUUCCCGUAGAGCCCAGGAUCCCCCCUCGAUCUCAGGGAAUCAGAAAGCCGGAAGAUGUGCGGUCCAAAGGUCAGGAUGCGUCGGCAAGACUUCCAACGCGACCUCUUCAGCAGGCAACCAUCUCCUCUAUGUUAUCCCAAAAGACACUGUUGCAAUCUCUGCCACAAGGUGGACGGAUGACGUCCGCAGACACGAUGGGGGCAGGGAUCUCCAUGCCAUCGACAUCGGGGAGGACAAAGGACGAGGAACGAGGUAACGAGUGGGAGUGGAAGAAGGGACCAGAAAACGGAGCAGAGAAAGGAGCCGCACCCUUUACCAAUUUACUCGGGAAGAGUUACCUCGCAGGGAGCACUCUGGCUGGCUCAGGCAAUAACGGCCGACUGAAGCAUCUGCAGGAAUCGCUGACGUUGUCAGACUCAGAUGGCACAGGGAGUAGGACGGAGAUGAGAGAGAGGGAAGCAGAUGGAUCAAAUGGAAGGGAGAGGGAAAGUGUGUUCGGCAUGAAUGGGGCAUGGGGCCGUAAAGGUAAGAAGCGGGUCAGGAAUCUUUCUGAGUAUGAGAGAAAGCAGCGAUGGAGAAGAUCGAAAUCCAGGAGGGGCUCUGAAGAGGAAGAAGAUGAUUUUGACGACAUAGACGAAUCAUUGGCCAGUUUCAGGACGGCGAACGAAGAAUGGAGAACUCGAGCAUCUAAGAUGGGCGAGGCAGUGCCGGUGCAAAGAACGCAACCAAGUCUGGCAGAUACAGGCGGAGGAAGAUCGGUGGGCAAUGGAAGUUUGCUGAACACAGGUGGAGGCAUGGCAAGAACACUGGGAGUCAGGAGAGGGGUUCGAGGUAACUUCGUGCCUCCUGUGAAGAUGGGAGGAACUGGAGGGGGAAGUGCGGCUCGAGGGGGCGGUGGAGGUGGCGUUGCAGCCAUGCAUUCUUCUGGGGAAGAUAAUGCAAUACAAAGAUGUCUUGAGCAACUUGCUGGACCUGAUGGAGAACUGCCGGACAGGCUCCGAAAUCUUGAGCCGAAGCUUCUAGAGCAAAUCAUGAAUGAGAUCAUGGAUCACAAUCCGAAUGUCAAGUGGGAUGAUAUCGCUGGGUUGGAGCAUGCAAAGAAAUGUGUCACGGAGAUGGUCAUCUGGCCAUUGCAAAGGCCAGAUAUCUUCCAAGGAUGUCGGUCACCUGGCAAAGGCUUGCUUCUCUUUGGUCCACCGGGCACAGGGAAGACCAUGAUUGGCAAGGCUAUUGCUGGGGAGGCAAAUGCAACGUUCUUCUCGAUCUCCGCAAGUUCCUUGACGAGCAAAUGGAUCGGUGAGGGGGAGAAACUUGUCAGGGCCCUCUUUGGGGUCGCAAGCUGCAAACAACCAGCUGUGAUUUUCAUUGAUGAGAUUGACUCACUCCUAUCUCAGAGGAAAUCAGAUGGAGAGCAUGAAUCGAGCCGUCGAAUGAAGACACAAUUCCUUGUGGAGAUGGAGGGCUGUGGGAACGGGAAAGAUGAGAGAAUUCUUGUCAUUGGUGCAACAAACAGGCCACAAGAACUCGACGAAGCAGCACGGAGGAGAAUGUCCAAGAGAUUGUACAUUCCACUACCUAGUCCAGGUGCAAGGGCAUGGAUCGUCCGCAAUUUGCUUCAGAAGGAUGGUCUCUUCACACUUUCCGAGACGGAGAUGGACACCAUCUGUAUACAGACUGAAGGUUACUCUGGAUCCGACGUGACUAACCUUGUGAAGGAAGCAUCUAUGGGGCCACUUCGAGAAGCGAUGAUGUCCGGCAUUGACAUCACGAAAAUCACGAAAGACGAGUUUCGGCCAAUCAGUUUGCAGGAUUUCCAGAGGGCUCUUCAACAAGUGCGGGCCUCGGUGUCUGCCAGCGAACUCGGUCUCUACGAAGACUGGAAUCGUCAGUUUGGGAGUCUCGCAGUCUGAUGUUUUCUUAAUCGGAGACCUCCCCCGCCCCCCCUCCCUCCCCCUUCUGUUGCUAUGCAGAGUCUGCACCCCUGCCCUCAUUUGUAUGUGUCAUCGCUGCUUCCCUCAACAAACAAGCGGCCGAGAU